CGGCGGCGGGCGCGGAGGAGAGAGGCGGGAGAGAGGGAGCUAGGGAGCGAGGGAUCGAGGGAGGGUCGGGAGCGGACGAGCGGAGGAGCGAGCGGGCGGGCGGGCGGGCGCGCAGCUUGGUUGCUCCGUACUACGGCGGCCCGCGAGGGAGCGCCCCGAGCGGGCUCCGGGACGCGCGGAGAGGCGCGCGGGGAUGGUGUGCGGGGCCGCGGCUCCUGCGUCCCUGCCCGCGUCGAGGGAGCUGCACUGAUUUGUCCCCCGGGGGCAGCGGCGCGGACCCGCCCGGAGAUGAGGUGGCGGUUAGCAAGGUGAAAGUCCAGAACCAUGGCUCAGUUUCCAACACCGUUUGGUGGCAGCCUGGAUGUCUGGGCCAUAACUGUAGAGGAGAGAGCGAAGCAUGACCAGCAGUUCCAUAGCUUAAAGCCAAUCUCCGGAUUUAUUACUGGUGAUCAAGCUAGAAACUUUUUUUUUCAGUCUGGGUUACCUCAACCUGUUUUAGCACAAAUAUGGGCCCUCGCUGACAUGAACAAUGACGGCAGGAUGGAUCAAGUGGAGUUCUCCAUAGCGAUGAAGCUCAUCAAGCUGAAGCUGCAAGGCUACCAGCUCCCGUCCGCGCUGCCACCAGUGAUGAAACAGCAGCCUGUGGCCAUGCCAGGCGCGCCAGCCUUCGGUAUAGGGGGUAUCCCCAGCAUGCCACCGCUGACAGCUGUCGCUCCAGUGCCAAUGGGCUCCAUCCCCGUCGUUGGGAUGUCUCCACCUCUGGUGUCUUCUGUCCCCACAGCAGCCGUGCCCCCCCUGGCCAACGGGGCCCCCCCUGUCAUCCAACCUCUGCCUGCAUUUGCUCAUCCUGCUGCCACAUUGCCAAAGAGUUCCUCCUUUAGUAGAUCUGGCCCGGGGUCACAGUUAAACACUAAAUUACAGAAGGCACAGUCAUUUGACGUGGCUAGUGUCCCUCCAGUGGCAGAAUGGGCUGUGCCGCAGUCAUCCAGACUGAAAUACAGACAGUUAUUCAACAGUCACGACAAAACGAUGAGUGGACACUUAACAGGUCCCCAAGCAAGGACUAUUCUUAUGCAAUCAAGUUUACCACAAGCUCAGCUGGCUUCGAUAUGGAAUCUGUCUGAUAUCGAUCAAGAUGGUAAGCUCACCGCAGAAGAGUUCAUCCUGGCUAUGCACCUAAUCGAUGUAGCCAUGUCUGGUCAGCCGCUGCCACCGGCCCUGCCUCCGGAAUACAUUCCACCGUCCUUCAGAAGAGUUCGAUCUGGCAGUGGGAUAUCUGUCGUGAGCUCAACAUCAGUGGAUCAGCGGUUACCCGAGGAGCCUGUUCUUGAAGAUGAGCAGCAGCAGCUGGAAAAAAAAUUGCCUGUCACGUUCGAGGACAAGAAGCGGGAGAACUUCGAGCGCGGGAACCUGGAGCUGGAGAAGCGGCGCCAGGCGCUCCUGGAGCAGCAGCGCAAAGAGCAGGAGCGCCUGGCGCAGCUGGAGCGCGCGGAGCAGGAGCGCAAGGAGCGCGAGCGGCAGGAGCAGGAGCGCAAGCGGCAGCUGGAGCUGGAGAAGCAGCUGGAGAAGCAGCGGGAGCUGGAGCGGCAGCGCGAGGAGGAGCGGAGGAAGGAGAUCGAGAGGCGGGAGGCUGCAAAACGAGAACUUGAAAGGCAGCGACAGCUUGAGUGGGAACGGAACCGAAGGCAAGAACUGUUGAAUCAAAGAAACAAAGAACAGGAAGACAUAGUUGUCCUGAAAGCAAAGAAGAAGACUCUGGAAUUUGAAUUAGAAGCCCUCAAUGACAAAAAGCAUCAGCUCGAAGGAAAACUUCAAGAUAUCAAAUGUCGAUUGACCACCCAAAGGCAAGAAAUCGAGAGUACAAACAAGUCCCGAGAGCUGAGAAUCGCCGAAAUCACCCACUUACAGCAGCAGCUGCAGGAGUCGCAGCAAAUGCUUGGAAGAUUGAUUCCAGAAAAACAAAUACUCAAUGACCAAUUGAAACAAGUUCAGCAAAACAGUUUGCACAGAGAAUCGCUUCUUACGCUCAAACGAGCCAUAGAAGCGAAAGAACUAGCUAGGCAGCAACUUCGAGACCAACUGGAUGAAGUUGAGAAAGAGACAAGAUCAAAACUACAGGAGAUCGACAUUUUCAACAAUCAGCUGAAGGAGCUUAGAGAAAUCAACAACAAGCAGCAGCUCCAGAAACAGAAGUCCAUAGAGGCAGAACGGCUGAAGCAGAAAGAGCAGGAACGAAAGAUCCUCGAGUUGGAGAAACAAAAGGAAGAAUCCCAAAGACGAGUGCAGGAAAGGGACAACAAGCAGUGGCUCGAGCACGUGCAGGCAGAUGACGAACCACAGAGGCCCAGGAAAGUGCAGGAGGAGGACAAACUCAAGAAGGAGGAGAGUGUCAGGAAGAAGGAGAGCGAGGACAAGGGCAAACAGGAAGUGCAAGACAAGCUGAGCCAGCUGUUGCACCAGCACCAAGAGCCAGCCAAGCCGGGGGUCCAGGCGCCCUGGCCCACCACCACAGAAAAGGGCCCGCUUACAAUUUCCACACAGGAGAACGUGAAAGUGGUUUAUUACCGAGCACUCUACCCCUUUGAGUCCAGAAGUCACGAUGAAAUCACCAUCCAGCCUGGCGACAUAGUCAUGGUGGAUGAGAGCCAAACUGGAGAACCGGGCUGGCUUGGAGGAGAACUAAAGGGAAAGACAGGUUGGUUCCCCGCCAACUACGCCGAGAAAAUUCCAGAAAAUGAGGUCCCCGCUCCAGUCAAGCCAGCGACCGACCAGACCUCUGCCCCGGCGCCCAAGGUGGCUCUGCGUGAGACCCCCGCUCCGUUGGCUGUGACCUCCACAGAGCCCUCCACAACUCCCAACAACUGGGCCGACUUCAGCUCCACGUGGCCCUCCAACACUAACGAGAAAGCGGAAACUGACAAUUGGGACGCCUGGGCGGCCCAGCCCUCCCUCACCGUCCCCAGUGCCGGCCAGUUACGGCAGAGAUCCGCCUUCACUCCCGCCACGACCACCGGCUCCUCCCCGUCCCCGGUUCUAGGCCAGGGUGAAAAGGUAGAGGGGCUCCAGGCGCAAGCCCUCUAUCCUUGGAGAGCCAAAAAAGACAACCACCUAAAUUUUAACAAAAACGACAUCAUCACCGUACUGGAACAGCAAGACAUGUGGUGGUUUGGAGAAGUUCAAGGUCAGAAGGGUUGGUUCCCCAAGUCUUACGUGAAACUCAUUUCAGGGCCCGUAAGGAAAUCGACAAGCAUGGAUUCUGGCUCUUCAGAAAGUCCUGCCAGUCUAAAGAGAGUGGCUUCGCCUGCAGCCAAGCCAGCCGCACCAGGAGAAGAAUUUAUUGCCAUGUACACUUACGAGAGUUCUGAGCAAGGCGAUUUAACCUUUCAGCAAGGGGAUGUGAUUUUGGUUACCAAGAAAGAUGGUGACUGGUGGACGGGAACAGUGGGCGACAAGUCCGGAGUCUUCCCUUCUAACUAUGUGAGGCUUAAGGAUGCAGAGGGCUCUGGAACUGCUGGGAAAACAGGGAGUUUAGGAAAAAAGCCUGAAAUCGCCCAGGUCAUCGCCUCCUACACAGCGACGGGUCCCGAGCAGCUCACGCUGGCGCCUGGGCAGCUGAUCCUCAUCCGCAAGAAGAACCCCGGCGGAUGGUGGGAAGGCGAGCUGCAAGCACGGGGAAAAAAGCGCCAGAUCGGCUGGUUCCCAGCCAAUUAUGUGAAGCUUUUGAGCCCCGGGACGAGCAAAAUCACUCCGACGGAGCCACCCAAGCCAGCGGCCUGCCCUGCAGUGUGCCAGGUGAUCGGUGUAUACGACUACACGGCCCAGAACGAUGACGAGCUGGCUUUCAGCAAGGGCCAGAUCAUCAACGUGCUCAGCAGGGAGGACCCCGACUGGUGGAAGGGCGAGGUCAGCGGGCAGGUGGGGCUCUUCCCAUCCAACUACGUGAAGCUGACCACCGACACGGACCCCAGCCAGCAAUGGUGCUCAGACCUGCACCUGCUGGACAUGCUGACGCCCACGGAGAGGAAGCGGCAGGGCUACAUCCACGAGCUCAUAGUCACUGAGGAGAACUACGUGAAUGACCUGCAGCUGGUCACCGAGAUCUUUCAGAAACCUCUGAUGGAGUCUGAGCUGCUGACAGAGAAAGAGGGGGCUAUGAUUUUUGUUAACUGGAAGGAGCUGAUUAUGUGUAAUAUCAAGCUACUGAAAGCACUGAGGGUCCGCAAGAAGAUGUCUGGGGAGCGGAUGCCCGUGAAGAUGAUCGGGGACAUUCUGACGGCACAGCUGCCCCACAUGCAGCCCUACAUCCGCUUCUGCAGCUGCCAGCUCAAUGGGGCCGCCCUGAUCCAACAGAAGACGGACGAGGCCCCGGAUUUCAAGGACUUUGUCAAAAGACUGGCCAUGGACCCCCGGUGUAAAGGAAUGCCCCUUUCUAGCUUUAUCCUGAAGCCAAUGCAGAGGGUGACAAGAUACCCACUGAUCAUUAAAAACAUUCUAGAAAACACUCCUGAGAACCACCCCGACCACAGCCACCUGCGCCACGCCCUGGAGAAGGCUGAGGAGCUGUGCUCACAGGUGAACGAGGGUGUGCGCGAAAAGGAGAACUCGGACCGGCUGGAGUGGAUCCAGGCCCAUGUGCAAUGUGAAGGCCUGUCUGAGCAACUCGUGUUCAACUCGGUGACCAACUGCCUGGGCCCUCGCAAGUUCCUGCACAGCGGCAAACUCUACAAGGCCAAGAGCAACAAGGAGCUCUAUGGCUUCCUCUUCAACGACUUCCUGUUGCUCACACAGAUCGCCAAGCCCCUGGGUUCCUCGGGCACCGACAAGGUCUUCAGCCCCAAGUCCAACCUGCAGUACAAGAUGUACAAGACGCCUAUCUUCCUAAAUGAGGUCCUAGUCAAGUUACCCACCGACCCUUCUGGAGAUGAGCCCAUUUUCCACAUUUCACACAUCGACCGAGUCUACACCCUGCGGGCAGAAAGCAUAAAUGAAAGGACCGCCUGGGUGCAGAAAAUCAAAGCCGCUUCAGAGCUCUACAUAGAGACGGAGAAAAAGAAGCGGGAGAAGGCAUACCUGGUCCGCUCCCAGAGGGCCACCGGGAUUGGAAGGCUGAUGGUGAACGUGGUCGAAGGCAUCGAGCUGAAGCCCUGCCGUUCACAUGGGAAGAGUAACCCCUACUGUGAGGUCACCAUGGGCUCCCAGUGUCAUAUCACCAAGACCAUCCAGGACACCCUGAACCCCAAGUGGAAUUCCAACUGCCAGUUCUUCAUCAAAGACUUGGAGCAAGAGGUCUUGUGUGUCACUGUGUUUGAGAGGGACCAGUUCUCGCCAGAUGAUUUCCUGGGGCGGACAGAGAUCCGAGUGGCUGACAUCAAGAAGGACCAGGGCUCCAAGGGGCCGGUGACCAAGUGUCUCCUGCUGCACGAGGUCCCCACAGGCGAGAUCGUGGUUCGCCUGGACCUGCAGCUGUUUGAUGAGCCCUAGAGCCCAGCUCAGCGGAGCUGCAGAAGCUGCCUGGCCCGCCGUGACUUUCCUGAGACCACUGAAACCCAUGUUCAGCUACGGGGCCGUGACGGGACAGUAGAGCCAGACCCCUUGGAGCUCCUGGGACUACUUGACAAUCUUCCCCUCACCCCAGACAAAACUGUGUCUCUCCCCAUCUCUGUCCUCACCGCUGCUCUGAUGGGGGCUUCUAGGGGCUUCUGCCAGGAGCUCGACUUGUCCCUGGGCUGAAGGCCAGAGUGCGGUCCCUGUAAUUAGAGUGAUCAGUGCAGCGUCUGUCUUCUGGGGGAGUGCUCAUGCCCUCCUGUUUCGUACCCCCAUCGGCCCCCCAAGACAACUCACCGCCCCCCCCCCAGGUCCCUUGACCUCUGGUCAUGGAGGUUGGAAACAGGAUUCUUCUGUCAGUGUUUCAGAAUCUUGCCUUCUUGGAGGCCUGAUUGGUUGCCUUGGAGCUGACCACUGGGAGACAUGGUCUUUUGGUCAGACACGGACGGGGUAAGCUGUUUGAAGAGCUGGUCCGUGGAAGAUUCUAGAAGGUACGUUGCUAGAGCCAUUGGAGUCUCUCCCCACCCCUAUGUUUUUUGUCUUUUU